AAUGAGAAGAGUGCGUUGAGCUCUCAAGUCUGGCCUGUAAGAAGCAGAGGAAGAAAGCUCCAACUAUUCUUCAAUGGGUUCCGAUCCCGAAAAGCUCAUCAUCAAAGCCGAUAAGUUAACAAAACUCAGUCUUACAAGGUGGAGUGCUGAUUGGAGGGGUGCCACUCUCCUGUAUGAGCAGGCUGCUGUUGGGUUUAGGCUUGCCAAAGAUUAUGAGAAAGCAAAAGUAGCAUUUGAGAAAGCUUCAAAAGGACAAGAGAUGCUUUCUUCGCAAUGGGAUGCUGCUAAGCAUAUGGAGUCUGCUGCAGCUCUAGCAAAGGAACUAAAUAACUGGGGUGAAGUUGCUGAUUUUUAUAGACGGGCAUCAGAGUUAUACACUGAAUGUGGUAGAUCACAACCUGCAUCAGAUGCUCUGGCAAAGGGUGCUCGUGCUCUGGAAGAUGCUGCCCCUGAUGAAGCUAUACAACUCUACACAGAUGCUUGCACUAUUCUUGAAGAGGAUGGCAAAGAACAUAUGGCAUUUGAUCUGUAUCGUGCUGCUACAAGUGUUUAUAUAAAGCUGGAGAAAUAUGCAGAUGCUGCAACCUUUCUACUGAGGUGGGGCCUAGCAGCUGAUAAGUGCAAAGCUACCCAUAGCCAGUUUAAGGCAUAUCUUAGUGCUAUUGUCGUGUACCUCUAUGCCCAUGACUUCAAGGAAGCGGAGAAGUGCUACAAUGAUUGUUCUCAGAUUGAUGCUUUUCUGAGUAGUGAUCAGGGUCGUUGUGCUAGUAAACUUCUUUCUGCUUAUGCUGAGGGUGACAUUGAAGAAAUCAAACGUGUGGCUCAGUCAAGCACUAUUUCAAAUCUUGACCAUAUGAUCAUCAGGCUUGCAAGGAAACUACCGACAGGGGAUGUAAGUGCAAUGAAGGCUAAUGCAGGCAACGAACAAGAAGAGCCACUCGAUGAGGAUGACCUCACUUAGUUUCUCCUCUCAAUCCUUUUCCCAGAUAUGUGGAUAUCAAUAUGUUUGGCUAUUGCUACUUGCUAAAGUUGUUUCAUUCUAUAUACAUAUAUGCCUUGGGUCAUUGUUCAGUUUACUCAUGAAUACAAAGGUGAUUGUUUUAUAGAUAAAACUUCAACAGAA